UGAUCUUUAAAAAAGUUGGAGGCCGGAAGCAGUGUAGUUGCGGGAGGAAGAUCACCUCUCUUCUCUGUUGUCUGUUUUAUUCGCGUUUCUUUUGACUUGAAAAGGGACUGGAAGGUCGUAGCGGACUCCUUAGGGUUCUUCUGUGAAAUUGCAAGCGUUGAAUUUAGGAAGGUCUUUGUUAAGAGUAGGGCGAGAUGCUAUCUUGAAAUCGACAAAAUUUCUGUUGUUUCCUUGAUUGUAUUCUGCAAGGUAGGUUCUUUUUCAACAACUUCAGGGUUGUAAAGAUCAGGCUACAAUGCGUGCUCCUUCACUGCUUGCGCAGUGCUUGCCUGGCUUGCUGCCCCAUGACCGUAGCAGUCAUACCAUUUCCACCAUUCCAGAGAGAGAUGUGCAACUUGUUUCCCCAGCAGUUGAAGUUCUCCCUUCAAAGACAACUCAUCCAUACAAGUACGCUGGGGAGAAUGUGGACUUGCAAGGGCUCAAUAUCUUCAAGGGCAGAGUUAGUGUGUCUGAUAUCAUUGGGUUCACUACUAAUUCAGAUAUGAUACCUUCAAAAUCUGAAGGGUCUCUAAAAUCCUGGGAGAGCUCUAUCGACCUGGUUAACAUCCUUAAAAAUGAAAUUCGAGAUGGACGGCUGAGCUUUAGAGGAAAGCGAGUUCUAGAGCUCGGGUGUGGCUAUGGACUUCCAGGAAUAUUUGCUUGUGUAAAGGGAGCAUAUACAGUGCAUUUUCAGGAUCUCAAUGCAGAAACUAUAAGAUGCACAACAAUACCAAACGUGCUUGCUAAUCUGGAGCAGGCUCGAGACAGGCAUAGCCGACAACCAGAGAGUCCUCUUACACCAUCAAGGCAUACAAUGGCCCCUGAUGUUCACUUUUAUGCCGGAGACUGGGAAGAACUCCACACAGUCUUGUCGGUUGUGCUGAAGGAAGGGUUUGAGAUGACAGCUGGGAUGAGCCUGAGCUUUAGUGAAGAGGAUUUCAUGGAUGGCUGCAGCAGUCAGGAUGGUAGCAUUAUUGGGCACGAAUCAUCCUCAAGACGGUCAAGGAAGCUUUCGGGAAGCCGGGCCUGGGAGAGGGCAAGUGAGACAGAUUCAGGAGAAGGCGGGUAUGAUGUUAUUUUGAUGGCUGAGAUACCUUACUCCAUUGCUUCGUUGAAGAAGCUAUACACACUCAUUAAGAAGUGCUUACGACCACCCUAUGGAGUUAUGUAUCUGGCUGUAAAGAAGAAUUAUGUUGGUUCCAGUGGUGGAGCACGCCAGCUUAGAGGUUUGGUAGAUGAGGAAGGCAUUUUUGGGGCUCAUGUAGUGACAGAGAUGGCUGACGGAGAGAUUUGGAAGUUCUUUCUCAAGUGAACACCAACUAGGCAACAAAUCUCUUCCCAACCAGCCAAAUGUAGGUUUCUUUUUAUCCAGCAUUUUUAUCUGUAAAAAUUGCAAAGCUUUGUUUAUUUGUUUCUGCAAUGUAAUAAUAAGAACGUUGGGUAUGAAUCACUAGACUGCUAGCCGAGCCUUUGCUAGCCAUGCCAUCUGUAAAUUUUCCUUGUCUCUUCAUUACCUCGAUUUUUCCCUAUAUCAAACUGUACAAUGAAGUAUGCUAGUAAAUUUCAGUUAUGUUUUGAGAUA